UGCAGGAGAAUGAGUCUCUUACCCUAGAGAUUCAGCAUGUCCCGAAUCACAUCCUACACUGGCAACCUAUAAAUUCAUUAGGUUAGCCGACCUCCACAGACUGACCGUCUGUGCUUGGCCUCAAAUUACCCGUGACAUGCGCAUUAGAUGGCAGGGUAAACUUGGGGGUGAAAGCUGCAGAGCUGUAGGAGAAUGAUGAUGGUGCUGAAGCUGCGUGGAGCAGGAUGAGGACCGUGAAAAACAUGAUGGUGGACCGGUGCUGAACUUGAACGUUGACAACUAAUCAGGACGAUAGUUACCUCUAGGGAGGCGGGUCCAAGAGGAAAACACAGCUAAAUACAGCCUGGGACAGCAAAAUCAUGGGCUGACACCAACCGGGUUGGUUUUUUUUUCCACCAGAAGACCUGGAGCGAAUGAAUGAAUCAGAAUGAAUAGAGGGUUUUGUGGUUGAGAAGAUAACGGAGUUUCACACACAGAAAACUGAAAUCCGAUGAAACGGAAACUGGCUGAACAGCGAUGGCAACCUGUCAUGACUCUUGGUUGCUGUUGGUGACAGUCAGACAUGAGUACCUAGGCCAAAGGGUCUUCCAAGUCCCUUGGUCAACAGCAGUCCAGCAAAUCAAGCAGCUUAUCUACCAAGAAACCAACUUCCCUGUAUGUGAGCAGCAGCUGAUACACAAUGGAAAAGUGAUCAAGGACAGAGUUGUAGUUGGAUCCUUGGUACUACACGGAAGUCCAGAAAUAACCAUGACACUGCAUGGAAGAGGACUACGAGGGGGUGGGAGGUUUGGGCAAACCACUCCACCUUUGGUAGAGUUUCUGAAAGACAUUUUACGGCGAUAUCCAGAAGGUGGACAAAUAUUGAAAGAGCUAAUUCAGAAUGCAGAGGAUGCAGGAGCAACGGAGGUUAAAUUUAUGUAUGAUGAAAAUGAGUAUGGGGUCGAGUCACUAUGGUCACCUAAUAUGGCCCAAUAUCAAGGAACGGCAUUGUAUGUGUACAACGAUGCAGUUUUUACAACUGAGGACUGGAAUGGGAUUCAGGAAAUUGCGAGGAGUAGGAAAAGAGAGGACCCAUUAAAAGUUGGCCGAUUUGGGAUUGGAUUCAACUCUGUUUACCACAUAACAGAUGUUCCAAGUAUAUUUAGUGGGGAUCAAAUUGGGAUGCUGGACCCUCAUCAGAUGCUGUUUGGAGUCCAUGAGUCUGGACAGUGCUGGAACUUGAAGACAGACAUAAAAGAAAUAACGGAGCUGAAUGACCAGUUUGCCCCGUACUUUGGCAUUUUUGGCAGCUCUGAGAAGACCAUCAGAGAUGGCAACUUUCCAGGAACACUUUUUCGCUUCCCUCUCCGUAUGAAGCCUUCUCAGCUGAGCAGCAAUGUGUAUAAUAAAGAGAAAGUUCUAGAGCUGUUUGAGUCUUUCAAAGCUGAUGCGGACACGGUGCUGCUUUUCCUGAAGAGCGUACAGAAGGUCUCUCUGCAUGUCCGUGAGUCAGAUGGUACUGAACGGAUGCUUUUCCAAGUCUCAGCAAGUGAGAAUGCUGAACACAAACUUGAGCAGCCAAACUCUCUGAAAACUCUACGGCAGGCCAUUGACAGCUACAGUAAUGGUGUUCCAGUUAAUUCUGUCACUUGCAGUACAUACCAGCUCAGUAUUGAGGUGCAGGAUAAAACUUCAAAAGAAAAUCAGAGGACCACUUGGUUGGUUUGUAAUGCUGUGGGUGGACGAGGCAUGUGUAGUGAACUGGACAGUCUUGCGGAUGAUCUAAAGUUUAUCCCAAUUAUCGGCAUAGCUUUACCACUGAUGCUCCUUGAUGAUGAGGACAAGGGAGCAACCUCCAGCUUCUCAGGGCGGGCAUUCUGUUUUCUUCCACUGCCCCUAGGAGAAGAGAGUGUGACAGGGUUACCAGUGCAUGUCAGUGGUUUUUUUGGCUUGACUGAUAACCGUAGGAGUAUCAAAUGGCGAGAGGUGGACCAGUGGAGGGACCCGGCCGCCCUUUGGAAUGAACUUCUUGUUGCAACAGUCAUUCCAAAGGCAUACUACACGCUCAUUAUGGAGACUAUUAGGAGAAUUCAGACAAUGAAAGACCAAGAUUUUCCCCUUUCUCCUAGUAACAUUUAUGAAACCUGGCCUGAUCCCAACAGGAUACGGUCACACUGGAGACCCAUUCUCGAGCCCCUGUUUUAUGACUUGCUCCAGGAGCCAGUCAUCUACUCUAUCAGCAACACUUGGGUUAAAGUGGAUGAUGCAGUGUUUUUAGAGCUAGACUGUACAAAGGACAGCACAAAAUCAGUAAUCACAUACCUCCAGAACUCAGGGAUGAUGCUGGCCCAAGUGCCAGCUAAUACUUCUGCUGUCCUGACCACAUUUUUGACCAAACCUGACAGCCUAAAAAGAGUGACGCCUUCUUUUGUACGGCAGAUGCUAAGGAAAACUGGGCAUAAAGGGUCAUCAAGUGAGAAACUGCUUCUGCUUGAAUUUAUUCUCAGUGAUGCCUGUUACAGUGACCUUAUUGGACUGGAGCUGCUUCCUUUGCAAAAUGAUGCAUUUGUUGCAUUUUCUUCCUCUGUGAGUGACAAAGAUGCUGUGUAUAUUGCAUCAGAAGAGUACCCAAGGACCCUUUACCCAGGUUUGGAAGGAAGAUUCAUACUAGAAAGUAUUGCCCCAGGAGUCAUGAAUAGCCUGAAAGAAGCAGCCAAAAGUAGAGUUCAGCAGUAUCUUUGGGGUUGUUCAGGGAGGCCCUGUACUCAGGUUCAAGUUCUAACCCCAGAAAAAUCAGCACGUCUCAUAAAAGAAGUCCUUACCACAACAUGGCCUUCCAGAGACUUUUCUGUGCAGUGGUACCCUGGUGAUAAAGAGAAGAAGCAUCCCUUGGCAUCUUGGCUGCAAAUGGUUUGGAAACAUCUGUAUAUUAAUUUUGCUGAUGACCUUAGUAUGUUUGAAGACAUGCCUUUGAUUCCAAAAGUGCCAGUAAAUGACAAUAUGGAAUCCUUGGAGCUCUUGCGUCUCAAGACUCCAUCUCCUAUAAUUGUUGUGAAUGAAGAAGAGAGCGCACUUUCUGAGGACCUCAUGGAAGCCAUAAAUAAAGUUGGAGGGGUUGUCUUACAAAACUUGGAUUCUUGUCUGCAACACCCACUCCUGAAAAAUUACAUCCAUCCGUUAUCUCCAAGCUCUGUGCUACAAAUUAUGGACAGGACAUCAUCCCAGAGACUGGUUAGCCAAAUCUCAUCCUUCACUGUCAAUCAAAAGGUUGCCCUCAAAGGCUUUCUAGCUGGUCUUACCGAUGUCACUGAAAAGGAGAAACGUAUAAUUCAAGAGCUUCCCAUCUUUUUGAAAGUAGGCAAGUUUUCAGACAAAGGCACUCCAUCUUUUACUUUCCUUAAAGGAGCUAGAGCACUGCAUCAUACUGCCAAACACCCUCCAGAUGUUAAACUAUCCAUUAAUGUGGUUGACAGCAGUGAUGAGGCUACGAUUCGUCUCAUUCGACUGUUAAAUAUGGAACAGGUUAAAAGCACUGACUUGAUGAAGGUCAUUGUUCAGGACAUUGAGAAAGGUUUCUACACCAAAGAAGAAAUGGAAAGCAUCAUGAUCUGGACCCUAACUCAUUUAUCGUUUCUCAAAAAUGAAAACAAAGCAGUGAUCUCAUGGCUUUCCUCUCUUAAGUUCAUGUAUUCCUUCACCGGAAAACCUCUUUCAGCAACAGACGUUUUUGAUCCUGAGCUGGAGAUACUGCAGGACCUGUUCUACAUGGAGGAACAAACAAGAUUUCCUCCAAACACCUACACAUCAUCUGCUGAUGUUCUUCAUUCACUAAGACAGAUAGGGCUCAAGAAUGAGGUGCAACUUACAGAAAAGGAUGUACUUUAUGUUGCCCAGAAAAUUGAAGAGUUACAGGGAAGCCCUAAUCCAGAAUGGGAAUCUAUUUUGAAGAAGGCAAAAACACUACUUACUAUCCUAAACAAACAAACAAAAUUAGUGAAGUCAUCAGAAAUUCAGGCAUCCCUCCAAAAAUUGAAAUGGGUACCAGUCUGCAAGGACAGGCCUUUAAAUUAUCCUAAGUCUUUGAUCUGGAAGGGUGACUCUUGUAAUAUUUCCCCUCUCUGUGACAUGUGCAAUAUAUCUCAUGCAGUGCUUGUUGGUUCUUCUGUAACACUGGUAGAACGAAUAUCUGGUGGCAUGAAAAAAUCCUUUAAGUUAUCCAUGGAGCCUCAAGUUGACCAAGUGCUCGAACAUUUAAAAGCAGUAAAUGACUGGCACAAAUCCCAAGUAUUUACCACAGAGGACUGGUAUCAGUUCCAGCAGAUCCUUUUUGAAAUUUAUGGUUUCAUGCAAGUUCACCUAGAGGAUGCAAGAGAAGCAGUGAAGUCUCUGUCCUUUGAUUGGGUUUGGACUGGCAAAACAUUUGCCCCCCCUGGAAUCACAGUCCUAAAUCCUGUCCAAGAUUUGGAUCUACAACCAUACUUGUACUCACUUCCAAAAACCAUUGCAAAGUUCCACAAACUUUUCAAAUUCUGUGGCUCUAUUGAUGAAAUUGACCCUUACCAUGUGCUUAAUGUGGUAAAAACAAUCAAGAACAGAAGUGAACAAGAAAUGACAAAGGAAGAAAGCAAACAUAAUAUCCUACUCUUGAUAAAUAUCUUACGAUGGUUGUACAACAAUCAAAUAUCAGUGGAUGUAGACAUGCCAGUGCCGAUUCUUUGCUACAAAGAUCCAAGCAAAUUAAUCAUGAAACCAAUUCAUGAAUGUGCAUACUGUGAUAUCAAAGUCGAUGAUUUGAAUGACUUACUUGAUGAUACUUCAGAGCCAAUUAUCCUUGUACAUGACGAUAUCCCCAUGAAAACUGCAGAGUGGUUAAGAGUUCCAUGUUUGAGCACAAGACUAAUAAACCCAGAGAACCUUGGCUUUGAACAAUCAGGCCAGAGGGAACCCCUAACAGUAAGAAUAAAAAACAUUCUAGAGGAAUAUCCAUCUGUUGCAGAUAUCUUUAAAGAGCUCCUGCAAAAUGCAGAUGAUGCAAAUGCUACUGAAUGCAGUUUUCUGAUUGACAUGAGAAAAAAUCUUGAUAUACGAGAGAACCUACUGGACCCUGGAAUGAUUGUCUCUCAUGGUCCUUCUUUGUGGUCAUAUAACAAUGCUGUUUUCUCAGACACAGACUUCCUCAAUAUAACGAGGCUGGGUGGAUCCAUGAAAAGGUGUGAAGCAGACAAAGUAGGCAAAUUUGGAUUAGGGUUCAACUCUGUAUAUCAUGUGACAGACAUUCCUAUUAUCAUGAGCAGAGAAUUUAUGAUUAUCUUUGACCCCAACAUCAAUCACAUUAGCAAACACAUCAGGGACAAAUCAAACCCAGGCAUCAAAAUCAACUGGAGUAAGCAGCAGAAAAGACUGAGGAAGUUUCCUAACCAGUUCAAGCCUUUUCUUAGUGUCUUCAACUGCCAGCUUCCUCUGUCCCAAGAGUCCCCCUACAAGUAUGAUGGAACUCUCUUCAGACUUCCAUUCAGAACAGAGCAUGAAGCAGCAGUAAGUGAAAUUAGCAGUAUAUACUACAACACCACUGACAUAUAUUCACUUGUUGAUGAGUUCAGCAUCUGUGGGCAUCGGCUGAUUCUUUUCACUCAGCAUGUUGGGACAAUGGUCCUGAAGUAUUUGAAAUCUGAGGAGUCAAAUCCUGCUGCUGCACAGGAUGUAGUAACAAUAAACAAGAGUGUGUGGUCUUCCAAAGCGACAUAUGGCCCUCUUAGUAUUCUGAAGUCUGCAGCUAAGGUCAUGAAAAAAGUUUCAAACACCAACAAAGUACCUGCUGAUAUCCCUAAAUCUGGCUGCAUCAUCAGAAUUGUGGUAGAGGAGUACCACAAUGUGUUCAGACGUAUUCUUGAUCUACAGUCGCCCCUCUUCAGAGGUUCAGAAGAGGAUCCAUCUGCAUACUUUGAAAUGGCAGCUAAAGGCUCUCAAACCAAGAGACUUACUGAUGAAAUUCCUCAGAAGGGUGUUGAAACCACAACCUGGCUCAUCUCUUCAUGUAUGGAUGUGACUGAAGCUCUGAAGUUUUCUCUGAGUGAAAGUGGAAAACGACUAGGACUGGUGCCAUGUGGGGGUAUAGCAGUUCUACUCUCUGAAGAAGAAAAUCGAAAAUGGACAUUGAGGACAAAUACAAGUCCAAUCGGAGAGGUGUUCUGUUAUUUACCUCUCAGAAUAAAAACUGGACUACCAGUACACAUAAAUGGAUGUUUUGCAGUUACAUCAAAUCGAAAGGAAAUAUGGAAGACAGACACAAAAGGACAAUGGAACUCCAUUUUCAUGAGACAUGUGAUCGUGCAGGCAUACAUGGCUGCACUUAAUAUGCUGCGUACUAUGUCCGAAAAUGGGGAGCUCCUCGAAUAUCACUACUAUGCAGCUUGGCCUGACCCUGGAGUUGUGCAUGAUGACUUUAACUUGAUUUGCCAAGGAGUAUAUCAAGAAAUUGCCAAAGGUCAAGACCAAGACAAUGCAAAAGUCUUCUCAGAUGGCAAAACCUGGGUGUCAAUCAAGUAUGUUAGGUUCUUGGAUGACACAUUACUCUGCAAACCUGAUGUUGGACCUGCUGCUUUCAAAAUAUUCAUGAAAUAUCUGAAAAAGUGUGGCUCCCAAAAUCUCUGUGCUGUAGAACUGCCAGACUGGGUCAAAGAAGGCUUUGAUGAUGCUGGCUGUAAAGGAAAGCUGAUGGAGAACACUCUCACAGAGAAACAGUUCUUCACAGAUGUAUUUUUCCCCAAUAUACAAGAUAUAGACAAAGACCUUCGUGACCCCUUGAUGCAUUAUGUUCUCAAUGAAAAAUUGGAGGAUUUUGCAACUAUCAUAAGAGAAACCCCAUGCAUUCCUUGCUCAGGACCAUCACACAGCCUUGUUCUGCCAUCUCGGCUGAUACAUCCAGAAGGAAGAGUUGCGAAACUGUACAACAGUGAUGAUGGGCGUUUCCCUGAAGGAACUGUUAAAGACUAUAUGAAUCCAGUAUGUUUGGUGAAGUUAGUACAGUUGGGCAUGGUCAAAGAUGAUCUUUCCUGGGAAGACCUGACGGAACGUGCUGAAUCUGUUAUAGCUCUUAAUGAAGUUGAUCAUACUGCUGCAUGCCAAAGGAGCAGUAUACUGCUUAGUUUGAUUGAUGAAAAACUUAAAAUGAGAGACCCAUGGGCAAAUGAAUAUGUUGCAAAAUUACAAGCCAUCAGCUUCCUUCCAUUCUUGACAAAGCCUGCUGGCUUUUCUCUCCCCUGGUAUGGAAAUAAUUUCCCCCAGUCCACAAUGUUUUCUGCAACAGAACUUUUCACAACAGACCAUCAGGACACUGUAUGUUUGAUGAAGCCAAUCCUGAAUGAGAACUCUCCAUCAUUUAAAGGCUGUGGCCCCAUGUCUCUGGCAGUGAAAGACUAUCUUGGACUGAUAAAAAAGCCAUCUGUUGGGUUAGUCAUCAGUCAACUCAAAGAACUAUCAAAAUCAUUUGAUGGUGUCACACUGUAUCAAGAAAACAUAACAAAUGCUUGCUACAAAUAUCUAUAUGAAGAGAUGUUGCAGUCCAGAGAUGCUAAGGAAGAAAUUAUGGAGGAGCUGCAAACAUUUUGCUCUAUUCUAGUGGAAAACACAUAUGUAAAUCCAUCAAAAGUAGCAUUUCAUUUGAAUUUUGAUGCUGCUCCACAUCUGUACCAACUUCCUAACAAGUAUAGAAACAGCUGCCGUGAGCUUUUUGAAACUGUGGGGGUUCUUCCAAACUUCACUGUUGAAAAUUUCUCAGCUGUUCUAGAACUUAUCAAGAAGGAAUGUGGGAGAAGAUGUCUCUCAGAGGAUAACUUUCAGCUAUGUCGUAGAAUCAUCAGUGAGGGAAUAUGGAGUUUAAUAAGAGACAAAAAUCAAGAGUUCUGCCAAAGCAACUAUGGACAGAUACUUUUACCAGAUGGCAAUCUCACUUUGCAACCUUCCAGAUCAUUGUGCUACAACGACUGUCCUUGGAUAAAGGUCAGAGACACAACUGUAAAGUAUUGUCAUGGAGAUAUCCCAAGAGAGGUAGCAGUAAAAUUAGGUGCCAUUCCAAAACGGCACAAAGCCUUGGAAAGGUAUGCUUCUAAUGUCUGCUUCACCACACUUGGAAGUGAGUUUGGGCAAAAGGAGAAACUCACCAGCCGAAUCAAGAGCAUCCUCAAUGCAUACCCCUCAGAGAAGGAGAUGCUAAAAGAGCUUCUUCAAAAUGCAGAUGAUGCCAAAGCAACAGAGAUAUACUUUGUGUUCGAUCCCAGGACCCAUCCAACUGACAGAAUAUUUGAUGAUAAAUGGGUGCCUAUGCAAGGUCCAUCUCUCUGUGUGUACAACAAUCAACCAUUCACAGAGGAUGAUGUCAGAGGAAUACAAAAUCUUGGUAGAGGUACAAAAGAGGCAAACCCUGGCAAAACUGGACAGUAUGGUAUUGGAUUCAAUUCAGUAUAUCACAUCACUGACUGUCCAUCUUUCAUUUCAAAUAAUGACAUCCUUUGUAUCUUUGACCCACAUGCACGUUAUGCACCUGGAGCAACAACUGUUAGCCCAGGAAGAAUGUUCAGAGAUCUGGAUUCUGACUUUAGGUCCCAAUUUUCUGAUGUCCUGAACCUUUUUUUGGGGAAUCAUUUCAAGCUGGAACGCAGCACAAUGUUUCGAUUCCCAAUCCGCAGUGUAGAAAUGGCAAAAAUUUCAGAGAUUAGCUCAGUACCUGCUUCAGACAGAAUGGUACAGAAUCUUCUGGACAAACUCCGGGCUGAUGGUGCAGAACUACUUAUGUUUUUGAACCACAUGGAAAAAAUUUCAAUAUGUGAAAUAGAAUAUCGAACGGGAGAAUUGAAAACGCUGUAUUCCGUCACUGCAAAAAUCACAGAUGGUGAUCGUUUGAAACGGAAACAGUUUCAUGCCAGUGUGGUGGACAGUGUGACAAAGAAAAAACAGCUGAGCCAAAUCCCAGUGCAACAAAUAACAUACACAAUGGUUAUUGAAGACUCAGAUGGGAACUCAACAAACUGGCUGGUAUGCAACAGAACAGGAUUUUCUGAUAUGGAAAAAGUUUCAAAAAGUGUAGUGUCGGCCCACAAAAAUGAGGACAUAACACUCUUUCCUCGGGGUGGGGUGGCAGCAUGUACUAGUCACAAUUAUAAAAAGGCUCAUAGAGCCUUCUGUUUUCUUCCUCUGUCACUUGAGACAGGCUUGCCAUUUCAUGUGAAUGGGCAUUUUGCCUUGGAUUCUGCCCGUAGAAACCUGUGGAGGGAUGAUAAUGGAGUUGGUGUAAGGAGUGACUGGAACAGUAAUCUAAUGAUGUUAUUAAUAGCCCCUGCUUACGUUGAGCUGCUAAUUCAACUGAAACGUCGACUGUUCCCAGGACAUGAUCCCACAGUGACAGUUCUACAAGGAAUCCCAAUUCACCAAGUCAAAGAUAUGUUGCGGAAGUUCUUGUCUUUCUUUCCAGUAAACAGACUGGACAUUCAACCAGACUGGUACUGUUUGGUAAAGGCAAUCUAUCAGUGUAUUCAUAUAGACCUGAAAAGACUUCUGCCAGUUGUUAGGGCACCACAUUUGGAUAACACUGAUCUUAUGCACUCAGCAAUAUACAUUUCCUGGGUGAACACAUCCACUUCAACUAAAGGUAGAGCAUUCUUUGACAACUUGCUACAAGAUGAGUUGCAGCACCUGAAAAAUACAGAGUACAAUAUUAGCACACGCAAGUCAGUGGCAGAAAAUGUCUACAGGCUAAAGGCCAUGCUUCUGGAUAUUGGCUUCAAUUUAAUCCACAGUUGUGAUGAGACAGCUAGCCUCUACUUCUGCUUAGAAGAUGCAGGUAUUCCAGUCAGCUAUGUGACACCGGAGGAUGUCCGAUGCUUUUUGUUGACCUUUUCAUCUCCAGACACAUCUUGUCAAGUUGGAAAACUCCCUUGUCGACUGCAACAGUCUAAUUAUAAGCUUUUCCACAGUCUGAAGCUGCUGGUGGAUUAUUGCUUCAAAGACAUAGAGGAGGAUGACAUCAGAAUAGAGGGGCUACCACUGCUUUUGACAAUGGACAACAUCCUUCAAGUGUUUGACUCAAAACGUCCCAAAUUCCUAACAAGCCAUCAUGAGCUUGUUUCCUCCAGGACAGAAUUGUUCAUGCAAACACUGUACAUGAGAUAUACCAACAUUCUCUUUAAAGCAGGAGUUGCAAAGGUUUUUGACAUAAGCAGUUUUGGUGAUUUAUUGGGAUCUGUCCUACCUCGAGAGUACAGGACCAGGUUUCCUGUGAAGUGGAGGGAAAACUAUGCAAGUGAAUCAUGGCUGAAAAGUGCGUGGCAUUUCAUCAGUGAAAAUAUUGGCAUCAAAGAUGACCCAUCAGAGGUUAAGCCAAAAUUUGAGACAGCUAUGGAAAUCCUUAAAGAUUGGGCUUUACUACCAGGGAUCAAGUUUAUGGUCUCAAGCAACAAGUUAACUGUGCCAGAGCAUGAUGCAUUGUUACCCUUCAGCCUUAUGUAUGCUGCCAUUUUCCCCAAUGGACAAAAUGAAAAGGUUUUCCACACCCUGAUGAAAGCAGGAUGCCUACAAGUAGCAGUAAACAAAAUGUGUGCAAAAGAGAGUCCUAUCUUGUCUUUACUGGCUCAGUACACAGCAAAUAUAGACAAUCCUUCAAGCAUUCUAAGAUCCCUUGAGUACAUGAUUCAGACAUCCGCUUUCCGAGCUGGGAGCUUGACUGACAAAGACUGUGAAGCACUCUUGUUGUACUUUAACUGUAAUUUGGCCAGUUUAUGUCAAGAUGAUGUGCAAAGUCUGAAACUGCUUCCGUGUUAUAGAGCUGUCAGUGGACAUCAUAUUAGCAUUGCAAACUUUGGAGCUUGUUAUGUUCUGACCAAAAGCAUUCCUUCAAUUGACAUGGAAAAAUGGGCACACACUACAUCCUCAGCUUUUCUAAUUGAUAAUCCACAGCUGAAAGAACUGUAUACCUUUCUUGAGUGCAAGCCAAUUGAUGACCUGGAAGUCUACCUGAAGCACCUUCUUCCAAAGUUUGACAUGUUGUCACAUGAUGCCAAAAUCCAACACCUCAUUUAUCUAAAGGAGGGGCUAUUGACAAUGGAGGAGUCAUGUUGCAUAAAAGAUCAACUCUAUGAAAAACUGGAAAAUCUCUCAUUUAUUUUUGACUCAACAAACAGAUUAAAACCUGCCAAAGCCUUUUAUGACCAAACUGUGAAAGUGUUUGAAGUGAUGCUUCCACCAAAAUCUUUCAUCCCCACAGAUUUCUUCAAGAAAAUUGAGCAAGUGUUGAAACCAAAAAAUGGAACUUCACUCCUGCCUUCAUGGAUUACAUUCCUGCGCAAGAUAGGUUUAAAAUAUAUUGUGUCUCAACAACAAGUUCUCCAGUUUGCAAAAGAGAUUAGCAUCAAGGCACAGACAGAGAACUGGUCUAAAGAAAAGGUUCAGACCAUAGUUGAUGUUCUCUUGAAUCACAUUUUUAAUGAGAGGACAGAUCUGUUUGAGGGAGUAUUUCUCAAAGAACUCUCAAUGAUCUCAUUUUUAUGUCCAGAGCGUGCACCAACAGAACUUGUCAGACUGCAUCCUCAACACCAAGAAAUCAAUGGCACUCUUCCUCUAAUUCGUUUUAAUGCGUCUCAAGUUAAUCCAAAAUUUAAACAAACCGAUGUCAUGCAAUUACUUUGGACAUCGUGUCCUAUUCUACCAGAAAAAGCUACUCCAGCAAGUAUAAAAGAGCAAGAGGGAACCACCCUUUCAGGCCAAGAGCAGCUUGAACAAGUCUUGACUAUGUUAAAUGUAAAUUCAGAUCCACCGCUGGAAAAGGUCAUUAGCAACUGUAAAAACAUAUGCAGCAUCACAAAUGUGGAUGAUGACACGGUCAAAACAAGAAAUAAAGUCUUGAGGAGAACCUAUGAAUUCCUUAAUGCAGAUAAAAGGGAAUUCCGUUAUCAGUUGCGAGGGGUUGCAUUUGUUAUGGUUGAAGAUGGCUGGAAACUUCUAAAACCAGAGGAGGUCGUGAUAAAUCUGGACAAUGAAUCAGACUUCAAACCUUAUUUGUACAAGCUUCCACUUGAACUUGGUACCUUUCACCAGUUGUUUAAAUUGUUAGGCACUGAGGACAUUGUAUCAACAAAACAAUAUGUUGAAGUUUUGUGUCGCAUAUACAGAAGUUCAGAAGGUAAGCAGCUUGACCCAAAUGAAAUGAGAACAGUAAAAAGAGCAGUUUCCGGACUCUUCAAAAGUCUCCAGAAUGACCCAGUACAGAUUCGCAAAGAUCUAGAGAAUCUCAAAGAUCUUACAUUUUAUCUACCAAGUCAUGAUGGUCGACUUGCCAAGUCUAACAGUUUAGUCUUUGAUGAUGCACCACAUUAUAAGAGCAGAAUACAGGGUAAUGUUGGCGUGCAAAUGCUUGUUGACAUGAGCCAGUGCUACCUAGGCAAAGAUCAUGCUUUCCACACUAAGCUAAUUAUGUUACUUCCACAGAAAUUGAGGCCAAGACUUUUAAGUAGUAUCUUGGAGGAACAACUCGAUGAAUCAUCUCAGAAAAUGUGCCAGUUUGGAGCACUUUGCUCACUUCAGGGUCGGCUUCAGCUGCUACUUUCCUCUGAGCAGUUCAUCACAGGACUAAUCAGAAUAAUGAAGCAUGAGAAUGACAAUGCGUAUAUGGUAAAUGAGGAAAAAGCCAUCCGGCUCUGCAAAGCACUUUGCGAGGGCUUGAAGGUAUCUUGUUUUGAAAAGCUACAGACAACAUUGCGAGUUAAAGGCUGCAGUCCUAUUCCACACAGCCGAAGUGAAACUCUGGCCUUUUUGAAGCGAUAUGGUACAUCUGUUAUCCACCUCUACAUUCAGCAUUCAGAUAGCAAAGAUAUAAAUUUUCUUCUUGCUCUUGCAAUGACCAUCAAGUCUGCUACGGACAAUCUGAUUUCUGACACUUCCUAUCUUAUCGCUAUGCUUGGCUGCAAUGACAUAUACAGAAUAACAGAAAAGCUGGACAAUCUUGGUGUAAAAUAUGACUCAACUGAGCCCUCAAAGCUUGAGCUUCCCCUUCCUGGUACACCAAUACCUGCAGAGAUACAUCAUUUACUGCUAAUGGACCCAAUGAACGUUUUCUAUCCUGGAGAGUAUGUGGGCUACUUAGUUGAUUCUGAAGGAGGAGAUAUUUUAGGGUCCUAUCAGCCAACCUACACAUAUGCCAUUAUUGUCCAAGAAGUAGAAAGAGAAGAGGAUGACAACCCAGGUUUUCUUGGUAAAUGCUUUCAAAUUGACAUUGGAUACAGUGAAUACAAAAUUGUAAGCUCCCUUGAUCUAUACAAAUUCUCCAGACAAGAUGACAACACCAACAUUCGAGAUGGUACACCAGCAGCACCAACAAGCCCAUCAGAGAGUUCCUCCACAGGCCCCAGAAUGGCACCACCUAUUUUUCCUGGCAAAGAAAAUCACAGACCUCCACCAAAAAAAAUGUCUCCCAAAAAGAUUAAGAUUAAUGCAUUACCUGAAAUUCUGAAAGAAGUUACUUCAGUUGUAGAACAGGCUUGGAAACUUCCUGAAACUGAAAGAAAGAAGAUUAUCAGAAGACUGUAUCUCAAGUGGCAUCCAGACAAAAACGCAGAAAACCUUGAUGUUGCUACAGAGGUCUUCAAACACUUACAAAAUGAGAUCAGCAGGAUGGAGAAGCAAGCACAUGCAGAGCAGACCACAGACAGAACAUCAAGAAGAACUUACUCUGCAUCCUCCACUCGUUUCCAGUCAGAGAAAUUCUCUUUUCAAAGAUUUUACACGUCAUGGAAUCAAGAAGCAACAAGCCAUAAAUUUGAAAGGCACCAAUUUAGAGAUCAGUUUGCAAGUUAUUCAGGAUCAUCACAUUCUAGUCGUUUCUUUGUGCCACCAUCAUUUAAGUCAGUUGGAAACCCUGUGGAGGCAAGACGAUGGCUAAGGCAAGCAAGAGCAAACUUUUCAGCUGCAAGAAAUGACCUUCAUAAAAAUGCAAAUGAGUGGGUGUGCUUCAAGUGCUAUCUGGCAACCAAGCUAGCAUUAAUUGCUGCAGACUAUGCAGUCAGAGGAAAAUCAGACAAAGAUGUAAAACCCACAGCACUGGCACAGAAGGUGGAAGAGUAUAAUUCUCAUCUAAAUGGACUGGCUAAGGAUGUCAACAUCUUAGAAGGUUAUGGUGUUGACAGCCUCAGAACCCGCUAUCCUGACCUCUUACCCUUUCCUCAGAUUCCUAACGAUAGGUACACUUCAGAAGUUGCAAUGAGAGUAAUGGAAUGUACAGCUCGAAUAAUUGUCAAGCUAGAAAGCUUUGUACAGCAAAAAAUAUGACGCAUCAGAAAAAUUAACUGGUUUUUACAUCAAGAAACACAACAUAAAUGGUGGCCUUGUGCAAUAAGUAUGAAUGGAUUUGCUUUUGCUUAUUUCAAGCAAAAGUCAUCUAACAGUUAUGCACAGUACCAUUAAUGGUGCUAAAUCCUCAUGCUUAUUGCAUAUGUUUGCUUGUAAAUGUCCAGACAGAUGCCUGAGCCUGAAAAUCUUUCUGUUUUUCUGACUUACUUUGUAGUGUGAAAAUUUUUGACAUGCAAGUGUACAUAACGCUAAAUGGCAUAGCAAUAUUUUUCUUUUUACUAUAACGUUUGUGUUUAUCUUAUGUACAGAAUGAACAAGAAAAUGCUGCUUUUUUACUUCAUGUUUUAUAUAAAAGUAUUUUUCUUGCCACAGUCAUCCAUUUGACUGUAAUGUCCUGUAAUUUGCAUGCAUUUGCACAGCACUUUUGAGUAAGGAACGCUUGUGAGAUUGCUGAAAUUUGGGCAAAUAUAAUAAAUAAAUAAAUAGUUGAGCGGAGACUUAGACAUGGAGUGUUGUGAAUUUAACAGUGUUACAUUAAAAAUGCAAAAACUGGCCUAAUUGUCCUGUGAACUCUGGGGGAUGUAUACCUAUAUCUUGUAGCAUUUUGAAUUCAAUAUAGAAAUGACCAUAUUGUGCAUAAAAAUGAUUAUAUACGAAUUUCUGAAUAGACAGUUAAUCUAGUUAAUCUAGUUUGGUGUAAUCUAAAAUUACACCAAACAUUGUGUUUUAACCAGACUCAGUCCCCUUCUUGUAGGGCCACAUUUCCUUUUAUAAUCCAGAGUUGCGUCAUGCUAUUCUCAAAAGAUUACUGCAUUCCAAUACUUUCUCAUUUUUCAACAUGUCUUUCUCAAACUUCAUUAGUGAUCUCAUGUGUUUUUUGUUUUGUUUUGUUUUGUUUUGUUUAACAGUGAAAAAUUAUUUGGCCAAAGCGGUUCAUAAAUACACAAAGGAAGAAUUAUUACUCUUUACUGUAAAAACAAGAUUUACUUUAGUACAUACUUGGGUUUAGUGCAGCCUACUACUCCAGCUAUUAUUGACUGUUACUUUACUUUGCUAGCUAGUACAUAGUAAGAGUAUAUGAUUGCAUGGUGUAAAACUGCUUAAAGUAAAUUGUAUUUGCUACCAAGGACAAGUCUGUUAUGAUUGAAAGAUCUGCUUUCCAUUAAACCCCCCUGUGCUUGUUACAAAUGGCAACACGUAUGAGGUUAGUAAUAUGCACUUUAAAAUCAGAGAUGGAGGUUGGUACAGGAUUGUAGAAUUACUGCUUUCUUUUCGAUACUCUGUUGACUAUAUUCUUGGUCUUUUUUUUUUCUCCCAUUCACUGUGAAACAACCAAUUGCAAAUUUGUGUAAUCUGUGUGUUUCAUGAAAGACCACAGCAGCUAAAACACUGGAUAAGGAUUCACAUGCAUUUUGUUGAUGUCCUGUCUGUAUUUCUUACUUUCAUACCUAUUUCAUGCCUUACUGUAGCUUUGUAUGUUUGUAAUCAAUCACAGAGACCACUGAUUUUAGCUCUCUCAAUGUAUAUUCUGAAAUACAGUGUCUUGUUAACAGUGUCAUCUUGUUAACAGUGCCAUACAGCUAAUAAAUUUCCAGACCACCCCACGUGUGUCUGCUGUCAUGCAGUAGGCCUGGUAACUUUGUUUUUUAUAUCUCUGAAACAAGCCAUUUGACAAGUAUAUUAGGCUUAAAGUUUUCAUUCUGUCAGCUUUACUAGCCAAAUGGUUCUCCCAGUCAAGUUUUUCUCAAUGCCAUUCAACAGAUAUAAUAAGAAACUGUGAUGUAGAAUGUAAACCUACAUUAUUAUGCACUUUUUUCAAUGUAAUAUGAAGGGAUUAUAUCUCCAUAUAAAGAGGUAGGAAGCAUGUUAGUUUAACUAAAAAUGACUUC